AUGGCGUUGACUGCCCGUUCAGAGGAUCAGGAGGCUGACAGAGGACUGGCCAGUGUUCGUCCCUCCUUGUCCCAGGCUGGUCAGUUUUCCUCCCUUCAUGUCCCAGACUGGCCAGUGUUCGUCCCUCCUUGUCCCAGGCUGGUCAGUUUUCCUCCCUCCUUGUCCCAGGCUGGUCAGUUUUCGCCCCACCAUGUCCCAGGCUGGUCAGUGUUCCUCCUUCCUUGUCCCAGACUGGUCAGUGUUCGUCCCUCCAUGUCCCAGACUGGUCAGUGUUCGCCCCACCUUGUCCCAGGACGGCCAAUGUUCCUCCCUCCUUGUCCCAGGCGGGCCAGUGAUCCUCCCUCCUUAUCCCAGGCUGGUCAGUGUUCGCUCCACCUUGUCCCAGGCCGGUCAGUGUUCGUCCCUCUUUGUCCCAGGCUGGUCAGUGUUCCUCCCUCCUUGUCCCCGGCUGGUCAGUGUUCGCCCCACCUUGUCCCAGGCCGGCCAGUGUUCGUCCCCCCUUGUCCCAGGCUGGUCAGUGUUCCUCCCUUCUUGUCCCAGGCUGGCCAGUGUUCCUCCCUCCUUGUCCCAGACUGGCCAGUGUUCCUCCCUCUUUGUCCCAGGCCGGUCAGUGUUCCUCCCUCCUUGUCCCAGACUGGUCAGUGUUCGUCCAUCCUUGUCCCAGGCUUGACAGUUUUCGCCCCACCUUGUCCCAAGCCGGUCAGUGUUCCUCCCUCCUUGUCCCAGACUGGUCAGUAUUCGUCGCUCCUUUUUCCCAAGCCGGUCAGUGUUCGUCCCUCCAUGUCCCAGGCUGGUCAGUGUUCCUCCCUCCUUGUCCUAGGCCGGUCAGUGUUCUUCCGUUCUUGUCCCAGACUGGUCAUUGUUCGCCCCACCUUGUCCCAGGCAGGUCAGUUUUCGCCCCACCUUGUCCCAAGCCGGUCAGUGUUCGUCCCUCUUUGUCCCAGGCAGCUGGUCAGUGUUCCUCCGUUCUUGUCCCAGACUGGCCAGUGUUCCUCCCUCCUUGUCCCCGGCUGGUCAGUGUUCGCCCCACCUUGUCCCAGGCCGGCCAGUGUUCCUCCCUCCUUGUCCCAGGCUGGUCAGUGUUCCUCCCUCUUUGUCCCAGGCCGGCCAGUGUUCGUCCCUCUUUGUCCCCGGCUGGUCAGUGUUCCUCCGUUUUUGUCCAAGACUGGCCAGUGUUCCUCCCUCCUUGUCUCCGGCUUGUCAGUGUUCGCCCCACCUUGUUCCAGGCCGGCCAGUGUUCGUGCCCCCUUGUCCCAGGCUGGUCAGUGUUCCUCCCUUCUUGUCCCAGGCUGGCCAGUGUUCCUCCCUCCUUGUCCCAGACUGGCCAGUGUUCCUCCCUCUUUGUCCCAGGCCGGUCAGUGUUCCUCCCUCCUUGUCCCAGACUGGUCAGUGUUCGUCCAUCCUUGUCCAGGCUGGACAGUUUUCGCCCCACCUUGUCCCAAGCCGGUCAGUGUUCGUCCCUCCAUGUCCCAGGCUGGUCAGUGUUCCUCACUCCUUGUCCUAGGCCGGUCAGUGUUCGUCCGUCCAUGUCCCAGACUGGUCAUUGUUCGCCCCACCUUGUCCCAGGCAGGUCAGUUUUCGCCCCACCUUGUCCAAAGCCGGUCAGUGUUCCUCCCACCUUGUCCCAGGCCGGUCAGUGUUCGCCCUCCUUGUCCCAGGCCGGUCAGUGUCCGUCCCUCCAUGUCCCAGACUGGUCAGUGUCCGUCCCUCCAUGUCCCAGACUGGUCAGUGUUCCUCCCUCCUUGUCCCAGGCCGGUCAGUGUUCGCCCCACCUUGUCCCAGGCCGGUCAGUGUUCCUCCCUCCUUGUCCCAGACUGGUCAGUGUUCCUCCUACCUUGUCCCAGGCCGGUCAGUGUUCUCCCCACCUUGUCCCAGGCUGGUCAGUGUCCGUCCCUCCUUGUCCCAGACUGGUCAGUGUUCCUCCCACCUUGUCCCAGGCCGGUCAAUGUUCGCCCCACCUUGUCCCAGGCCGGUCAGUGUUCCUCCCUCCUUGUACCAGGCCGGUCAGUGUUCCUCCCUCCUUGUCCCAGGCCGGUCAGUGUUCCUCCCUCCAUGUCCCAGACUGGUCAGUCUUCGCCCCACCUUGUCCCCGGGCCUGGAGAGUGGGUGUAUUGA